AUGGAACUUUCUCUUGUGCCCUUUUCUACAUUGUCAUUACCAUUGGCUGCAAUAGUCUUACCGGUUUUUGCUGUAAUCUUACUUUGUUACCUCAACUUCUUCUAUGUUGACUGUGCCAAGAUAAAUGGGAUCCCCGAGAUCCCAGGCGGCGAAUUGCUUGCUGGGCAUCUAUACCAGCUGGGCAACGACCACGCGACCACAGCAGAGACUUGGGCUGCAAAGUAUGGCUGGCCAGUAUUUCAGUUGCGAAUGGGCCGCCGGCGCGCCGUCUUUCUCAACUCGUUUGGAGCGGCGCGAGAAUGGCUUGUAAAGAACCAAUCUUCCACGGUUGAUCGGCCCUGGUUUCACACGUUUCAUGGAGUCGUCUCCAAGACUUCGGGUAUGCAAUCGAUUGAGUUUGUGCUCAUAUAUGGACAAGUGCUGACCAGCGACCAAGCGGCGACAAUUGGAACUAGUCCUUGGAACGAUCGGACAAAGAAACAGAGGCGCGUGGUAGGCUCCUUCACCACUGGGCCGGCGAUGCAAAAGAUGCGAGACAUGUUGGACGUUGAGACGUGCGCUGUUAUCUCGGGCUUGCUCCACAACGGCAAACAAGGAUCCGUGAACAUCAUCCCGCAUAUGUAUUAUAAGCGCAUGGCCUUGAACCUUAUGACUAUGUUCUGCUACGACUUCCGGUUCAACUCGGUGCAUGAUCCUUUGCUUCUACAGAUACUCCAGGAUGCCAAGACUAUUGCAAGCUUCCGAUCUACGAACUCAAACCCACAGGAUUUCAUCCCUCACCUGAGGUAUACCGGCCGUAGUUCGAGGACGGAAAUAGCUGCCGAGGUCCGUGCAAGACGAGACAAGUGGUUGGCGGCCAUGUUGGAUGAGAUCAGCGGUAGGCUGAAAUCUGACCAUUCGAGUUCCAAGAAGACAAUUGGAAGGAAAUGUGUGGCCGAGUUAUUGUUGGAGGAUAGCCAAGAAGGUCUAACUCAACUUGACAUCAAGACGAUCCUGGGAGGCUUAAUGUCUGGAGGCUUCGAGACCGUCUUUUCCACCGCCAUUAUUGCUACAGGCGUGCUUUCCACUCCACAGGGUCAGGAAAUCCAGCAGAGGGCAUUUGACGAUAUUCUCAGUGUCUACGACAGCCCUGAGCAAGCUUUUGAGCUCUGUGUGACGGAGGAGAAGAGCCCAUAUGUCACCGCCCUGGUAAAAGAGACCCUGCGCUGUUACCCGCCGCAUAAAAUUUUGCCCGCUAGGCAAGUUUAUCGGGAUUUCGAGUACAACGGCGUCACUGUCCCGAAAGGCGUAUUGAUCUACGUCAAUAACCAAGCAGUGAACUUUGAUGAGGAAGCAUAUGGUGCUGAUGCACGCGAGUUCCGCCCGGAGCGGUGGAUCAAGGCCGCGCACGAGAUUCCCAACCCAAACCAUUUUGCCUUUGGCGCUGGAGCUCGCAUGUGCACUGCCGUCAACUUUUCAAACAGGGUCCUCUACGCCGUCUUGCUGCGACUCAUUUUGUCCUUCAAGAUCAGGCAAAGCAGAGACAUGCCACCAAAUGUGGACUUUAUCGACUACAAAGAUGAUCCGGCAGCCUCAAACGCGGUUGCUUCUGAUUUCAAGGUCACCUGCGAGCCAAGAGAUGAAGAUGUGCUCAGACGUUGUCUAGAAAAGACACGAAAUCAGUCGUCCGAGUCUGGACGUCAGGAUGCUGAAGUGUUUCUAAAAUAG